UUUCUCUGCCCUGAGUCCCCGCAGAAGAACAGGGACCGGCGAGGACCCACUACAGGUCUCCGGAGGUGGGCAGGCCUUGGGGCCAGACCCUCUGCACAGCCGGCCCCUUCAGCUCUGGCUGGCAGCAUCAGCCCCUGUCUCUUUGGAUGCUUCCCUGGCGCAGACGGUGCCCCACUCAGUGAGCUGUCCUGGUCAUCGUCUCUUGCGGUGGUCGCUGUGUCCUUCUCGGGGCUCUUCACUGUCAUCGUCCUCAUGCUGGCCUGCCUGUGCUGCAAGAAGGGCGGCAUUGGGUUCAAGGAGUUUGAGAAUGCUGAGGGGGACGAGUAUGUGGCCGACUUCUCGGAGCAGGGCUCCCCGGCUGCAGCUGCGCAGAACGGCCCGGAUGUGUAUGUCCUGCCCCUCACGGAGGUCUCCUUGCCCAUGGCCAAGCAGCCGGGUCGCUCAGUGCAGCUCCUCAAGUCCACGGACCUGGGCCGGCACAGCCUCCUGUACCUAAAGGAGAUUGGCCACGGCUGGUUUGGGAAGGUGUUCUUGGGGGAGGUCCACUCGGGCGUCAGCGGCACGCAGGUGGUGGUGAAGGAGCUGAAGGCCAGCGCCAGUGUGCAGGAGCAGAUGCAGUUCCUGGAGGAGGCCCAGCCCUACAGGGCCCUGCAGCAUGGCAAUCUGCUUCAGUGUCUGGCCCAGUGUGCUGAGGUGACCCCCUACCUGCUGGUUAUGGAGUUCUGUCCACUGGGGGACCUCAAAGGUUAUCUACGGAGCUGCCGGGUGGCAGAGUCCAUGGCGCCCGACCCCCUGACCUUGCAGCGCAUGGCGUGUGAGGUGGCCUGUGGGGUCUUGCAUCUACAUCGUCACAAUUACGUACACAGUGACCUGGCCCUGAGGAACUGCCUGCUAACGGCCGACCUGACGGUGAAGGUCGGCGACUAUGGUUUGUCACACUGCAAAUACCGGGAAGACUACCUCGUGACUGCUGACCAGCUGUGGGUGCCGCUGCGCUGGACUGCGCCAGAGCUGGUGGACGAGGUGCACGGCAACCUGCUGGUGGUCGACCAGACCAAGGCCAGCAAUGUGUGGGACAGGCUGGCACCCAGGGAAAGCGUACUCACGCCUGCCACCAUGUGGCCUCAUGAGGUUACUCAGGGACUACUACUGUUGGUGGGUUCCUGGGGUCCCUGCAUUGGCAGAGGGACCGCUGGGGCAGUCAAGGAUGUGGGGCCUUCAAGACAGGACCAACAGACACUCACCGAUACCGGGGCCAAGGCGCAUGUUAGGUCCCUGGGUGUGACCAUCUGGGAGCUCUUCGAGUUGGGUGCGCAGCCGUAUCCCCAGCACUCGGACCGGCAGGUGCUGGCUUACGCCGUCCGAGAGCAGCAGCUUAAGCUGCCCAAGCCCCAGCUGCAGCUGACUCUAUCUGAUCGCUGGUACGAAGUGAUGCAGUUCUGCUGGCUGCAGCCGGAGCAGAGGCCCACAGCUGAAGAGGUUCACCUGCUGCUGUCUUACUUGUGCGCCAAGGGCACCACGGAGUUGGAGGAGGAGUUUGAGCGGCGCUGGCGCUCCCUGCGGCCCAGCGGCAGCACGGGCCUGGGGUCGGGUUCCACGGGCCCGGCAGCUGCCGCGGCUGAGCUCGCCGCCGCCUCGUCUUUCCCUCUGCUGGAGCAAUUCACCAGUGACGGCUUCCACGUGGACGGCGACGACGUGCUGACAGUAACCGAGACGAGCCACGGCCUCAACUUCGAGUACAAGUGGGAGGCCGGCUGUGGCGCUGAGGCGUUCCCACCUCCAGGGGGCGUGUCGAGCCCAGACUCCGCGGCGCGCCUGCAGGAGCUGUGUGCGCCCGACAGCUCACCCCCGGGAGUGGUGCCAGUGCUCAGCGCCCACAGCCCCUCAGUGGGUAGCGAGUACUUCAUCCGCCUAGAGGGGGCAGUACCUGCUGCUGGCCAUGACCCGGACUGUGCCGGCUGUGCUCCCAGCCCCGAAGCUGGCACGGACCAGGAUAACAACUCAGAGGACAGCACCGCCACUUCUCUCGUCAUGGAGCCUCUGCUGGGCCAUGCACCUCCCUCUGAGGGCUUGUGGGGCUCCUGUGACCACCAUUCGUGUAGGAGGCAAGAACCGCCCGGCCCCUCACGCUCACCCUCUCCUGGGACCCCGAUGUUGCCAGCUGAGGACAUAGACUGGGGUGUGGCUACCUUCUGCCCACCCUUCUUUGAUGACCCACUGAGUGCCUCUCCCUCUGGGAGUCCUGAGGCCCAGCCAUCCCCCAGCGACGAGGAGCUGGAGGAGGAGAAGGCAGGGAGGGCUGCUCACCGCGGACACUGGAGCUCUAAUGUGUCAGCCAACAAUAACAGCGGCAGCCGAGACCCAGAAUCUUGGGAUCCCGGCUAUGUGAGCAGCUUCACAGACAGCUACAGAGAUGACUGUUCCAGCCUAGAGCAGACCCCACGGGCCUCCCCUGAGCUGGGCCACCCUCUGUCCCAGGAGGAUCCCAGAGAAUUUCUGCCUGGGCUUGUGGUAGCAGCCUCUCCCGGUCAGGAGCCAAGCCGCUGCUUCAGCCUGCUCCCUCUGUGUCCCGCCAAAGGCCUGGCACCUGCUGCUUGUCUGGCCACACGCCCCUGGACAGAAGCAGCUGUAGGUGGGGGUGAGAGCCCCCAGGUGGAACCCAAACUUGCCCAGGAGGCCGAGGGCUCUGCUGAAUCCCAGCCAUCCCUUCCUUCUGUCCCCUCCCCAUCUCGCGAAGGGGCCUCACUUCCUUCGGAGGAGGCGAGUGCUCCCGACAUCCUGCCUGCCUCUCCCACACCCGCUGCUGGCAGCUGGGUGACUGUCCCUAAGCCAGCCCUCACUCUGGACAGCUGCAGCAGUUCUCUGGGGCAGGAGGCACCCAGCAGUGAGGAUGAGGACACUACCGAGGCUACGUCGGGAGUCUUCACCGACUUGUCCAGUGAUGGCCUUCACGCCGAGAAGCCAGGCAUAGUACCAGCCUUGCGCUGUCUGCAGAAGCAGGUGGGGACCCCUGAUUCGCUGGACUCUCUGGACAUCCCGUCCUCAGCCAGCGAUGGUGGCUGUGAGGUCUCGAGCCCAUUGGCUGCUUGUCCCCAUGCCGGGCAGCCCCGUGCCGCGGACAGUGGUUAUGACACAGAGAACUAUGGGUCUCCAGAGUUUGUGCUCAAAGAGGCCCAUGAGGCGAGCGAGCCUGAGGCCUUUGGGGAACUAGCCUCAGAGGGUGAGAGCCCAGGGCCCGAGACUUUGCUCUCUGUCUCCCUUGGCGGCCUCUGCAAGAAGAACCCCUACCGAGACUCUGCCUACUUCUCGGACCUGGAUGCUGAGUCUGAACCCACCUUUGGCCCUGAGAAGUGCGGUGGGGUCCAGGACUCCCAAAAGGAGCAAGACCUAAAGAGCCCACCUAGUUCAGGACAUCAGUCUCGGCAGGCUUUUCCCGGGCCUGAGGUGCCCGGGGAGGCCCCAGAUACUAACCCCAGGGAGGUGCUGCCCCCACCACAGCAGCCGGAGUUGUCCUUGCCGGAUGGCCCCAGGUCAGAGCCUCUUGGGGCUCAAGGCCCAGCUGAGGGGCAGCCUGGACCGAGCUCUAGUCAUUCUAAAGGCUUCAUGCUGGCCUCGGUCCCACUGAGCUCAGAAGGCAAUGGCGUGGAGUCCCGGGACCCCCCGGGACAGCUGUCGGGACCAGCCCCGCUGGGGAGGAUGGGAAGCCCUAGCGCGCCCAGAUCCCCACUCUGCCUGGCCCUGCCUGGCCGCCCAGGGGCUUUGGAGGGCCAGCCAGAGGACGAAGAGGAGGGCAGUGAGGACAGUGACGAAUCCGAAGAGGAGCUUCGAUGCUACAGCAUCCAGGAGCCCAGCGAGGACAGUGAGGAGGAGCCGCCCGCAGUGCCUGUGGUUGUGGCCGAGAGUCAGAGCGCUCGCAAUCUGCGCAGCUUGCUGAAGAUGCCCAGCCUCCUGUCUGAGGCCUUCUGCGAGGACCUGGAGCGCAAGAAGAAGGCCGUGUCCUUCUUUGAUGACGUCACGGUCUACCUCUUCGACCAGGAGAGCCCCACCCGAGAGACUGGGGAGCCCUUCCCCAACAUGAAGGAAUCACUCCCCACGUUCCCGGAGGGUAGCCCCAGCUCACCCAGUGCCCCGGGCCUGCCGCGGCGGGCUGACCACUUGCCCGACAGCUCCACUCCUGAACAGGGCAGUAGGUUCGAAUGGGAUGAUGAGUUCCCACUGGUGCCUGGCAAGGCUGCUUUGGUGACUGCACUGGACCCUGUAGACCCUGUCCUGGCCACGCCCACCACGCCAGCUGCGCCCUUCUCACGGUUCACCGUGUCUCCCACGCCUGCCUCCCGUUUCUCCAUUACUCACGUAUCCGACUCGGAGGCCCAGUCGGUGGGAGGCCCAGCAGCAAGUGCUGGGGGCCGAUGCACAGAGGCCUGAGACCCGGGUAGUUUCGCCCUUCGGAGGCUGGCAUCACUGGGGCCCCUGCCAUCCUGUCCAGGCAGCAGCAAGGACGGUGACUGGAAGUGAGUGGGGACCACCGACACCCCCACAGCUCCCUGGAGAAGCAGGUGAAUGAGAGGCCUCUAUCUAGCCCUGGACGUGUGGGGCCGUGGGCCUACUGUGCUGCCCGAUGGGAGAAUGUCCUGAGUGGACACCGGGGUUUGCUGCUAGCCCCUGGACAUACCUGCAGCCCGAGGGCUUGUGGGUGUCCGUAAGCAUAUAAUACACACUCAAGAAGGGCCCCCCUGACCCCUAGGUGACUCUGCACUCCUGGGCAGACACCCCCCAAUCACCACCCUGUAGCCACUCUUCCUAUAUGGCUAUUGGUGGUGAACUGGCCUCUGGCCAGGACCAUGCAAUUCAAGGGCCUGCAUGCCCUGUUGGCUACAUCCUGCCUUGUGUUCAAAGGACACUUGGCCAGGUUUCAAGGCUUUAAGCCUGCAGGUCCCUUUUGGGUCCCCCACCUUUCUUACUUGGGUCUAGAUUUGCUCAGAGCAAGGUCGGACCCCUGGGCUCCAAGCCCUUAUCUCAGAGUCUGUGGCUGGCUCCCCUUCACUUCGUCUGCAGAAGCCCGUCCCCACAGGGGCUGUCUGGAUGUUCUGGCCUAGGUCCUGCUGCUUAGCUGAGGCUUCCAGGCUACAGCCAGACCACCCCAGAGAUGCCCUCUACAGGGUAGUGUGGGCACUCUCCCUCACAGAGCAGAACCCUGCCCUAUACCCUGGCCAGAGGAGAAUAGGGUGUACCCUACAGCCACUGUGGGGCUCCUGCCUGCAGGCAGGGCUGGGAGAAAACAGGGCUAGGGUGGGCAGCACAGGGAAUAUUUUUUGUAAUUUGCUGGAGUGAAUGGAGAUGGGGGUGAUUCUAAGUUAUUGUUGCCAAAGACAUGUAAAGUAUAUCGUCGCUUUGGGGGUGGGGGCAAUGUGUUUUGUUUUUGUUAUUUUUAGUUUGAGGCUUAGGAUGCUGGUGCAAUGAUUUUCUUGUUCCUUGUUUUUUAAGAGAAACCAAGCUAAGAAAAAAACA